GAGUCAAGGCGAAAGCGUCAAAAACGCACCAGGACUUGAAGGGGAGCUUCCCGCUGGAGUAAAAGAACAACAACAACAAAAAUAAAAAUAAAAUAAAAUAAGAACAUUGCCCUAAUGGCGUGGGAAUCCACUGGCGUGAGAGGAGAGAGAGGACAAUGAUCGCUUCGCAGGAAGGUUAUUCCCUAAAAACAUAAGCUUUGAGCAGAACACAAGGAUAUUUGGAGUACACUGACUGCAACUGCAAGUGAAGAUCCCGAGACGGUCAAACAUAAUCCCUGCUUCUUCUUUUCUUCUUUUUUCCCCUUUUUAAUUCUAAGAAAGACAUGGGGAGAUUUUCACCUCGGCAAAGCAGCAUUGGCUGGAAGAUCUGACGAGCGCACUGGGAGGAGAGUGAGUGAGGACCUGCAUAUCUGUGGCUGUUUCUCAUCAUUUCUAAGCUGGUGGGCUUCUAUAUCACAGCUGAUGACUGUCCCUCCGGAGGCUGGAUUACAGGGGUUAGCGGCAAGCCUGAGUGUUUGCUGAAGGGCGUGCCCCAGCUUGUAUGUUGGUCACCUACGCUCGCUCUUGCUCACAGGGAUCAUGUGGCUUUGUCCAAGGAGAAAUCGUUUUCCCUUGCAGAACUGGCAUGGUGUCCACAGUUGCACCAAUUUCAGCGUGUCCUUGUGGGUUUUAAGCUUCUGCUGGUGCUUUGCGGCCCUGAGAGGUCAGAACUACCACCCCUCUGUGAACACGCAGUACGGGAAGCUCCGUGGGGUGAGGGUGCCCCUACCAAGUGAGAUCCUGGGCCCCGUUGACCAAUAUCUGGGGGUCCCUUACGCGGCUCCACCCGUGGGAGAGAAGCGCUUCAUGCCCCCAGAGCCACCUUCUUCCUGGUCGGGGAUCAAAAACGCCACCCACUUCGCCCCUGUCUGUCCCCAAAAUAUUCACAAUGCAGUGCCAGAGAUCAUGAUGCCAAUAUGGUUCACCUUUAACCUGGAUAUAGUUACCACAUACAUACAGGAUCAGCACGAAGACUGUCUUUACCUAAACAUCUAUGUUCCAACGGAGGAUGUCAAAAGAAUAUCCAAGGAAUGUGCGAGGAAACCCAACAAGAAAAUAUGUAGAAAAGGAGGGGCCCAUGCAAAAAAACAGGGCGAAGAUUUGUCGGAAAACGACGGUGACGAAGACGAAGGUAUUUUCCACGACAUACGAGAUACCGGGGCCAAGCCUGUGAUGGUCUACAUCCACGGAGGGUCUUACAUGGAGGGGACUGGCAACAUGAUUGAUGGGAGCGUCCUGGCCAGCUAUGGAAACGUCAUCGUUAUCACUCUCAACUAUCGGGUCGGCGUCCUCGGCUUCCUCAGCACGGGUGAUCAGGCUGCUAAAGGGAACUAUGGGCUGCUGGACCAGAUUCAGGCUUUGAGGUGGAUCAGCGAGAACAUCGGCUUCUUCGGAGGGGACUCCAACCGCAUUACCGUAUUUGGAUCUGGGAUCGGAGCUUCCUGCGUCAGUCUGCUCACCCUCUCCCAUCACUCUGAAGGUCUGUUCCACAGAGCUAUCAUUCAGAGUGGGUCAGCACUUUCCAGCUGGGCAGUGAACUACCAGCCGGUCAAGUACACCCGUCUCCUGGCAGAGAAGGUGGGCUGCAACGUCCUCGACACAUCAGACAUGGUGGACUGUCUACGAAAGAAGACUUCCAGGGAGCUGGUGGAGCAGGACAUCCAAUCUGCGAGGUACCACGUGGCCUUUGGACCUGUCAUUGAUGGGGAUGUUAUUCCAGAUGACCCUGAGAUUCUAAUGGAGCAGGGCGAGUUUCUCAACUAUGACAUCAUGCUGGGGGUGAAUCAGGGCGAAGGCCUGCGGUUUGUGGAGAAUGUGGUGGAUUCAGAGGACGGUGUGUCUGGAAAUGACUUUGACUUCUCUGUGUCAGAUUUUGUGGACAGUUUGUACGGAUACCCUGACGGAAAGGACACACUGAGGGAGACCAUUAAGUUCAUGUACACGGACUGGGCAGACAGAGACAAUCCAGAGACUAGGCGAAAGACACUGGUGGCUCUCUUCACCGACCACCAAUGGGUGGAGCCGUCAGUGGUGACUGCUGAUCUCCACGCUCGCUAUGGCUCACCCACCUAUUUCUACGCCUUCUACCACCAUUGCCAGAGUCUCAUGAAGCCUGCGUGGUCAGAUGCGGCCCACGGGGAUGAAGUGCCGUAUGUCUUUGGAAUUCCUAUGAUUGGUCCCACCGAUCUUUUUCCCUGUAACUUCUCCAAGAAUGAUGUCAUGCUCAGUGCUGUCGUGAUGACCUACUGGACCAACUUCGCCAAAACUGGGGACCCCAACAAACCAGUUCCCCAAGACACCAAGUUCAUCCACACCAAGGCUAAUCGUUUCGAAGAGGUGGCCUGGUCCAAGUACAAUCCCCAGGACCAGCUCUAUCUGCAUAUCGGCCUGAAGCCGCGUGUGCGUGACCACUACCGGGCCACCAAAGUGGCCUUCUGGAAACACUUAGUGCCCCAUCUCUAUAACCUACAUGAACUGUUCCACUACACCUCUACGACCACCAAAGUGCCACCCCCGGAGACCACACCGAAAAGCGUGUCCACCAAGAGGCCCAAUGGAAAAAACUGGCCCUUCAAUACCAAGCGCCCCCCCAUGUCGCCUACCUACAACAGCGAGGAUAAGGAGUCUUGGAGCGAGGAUGAGGAGACGGGGCCUCUUGUGGUCGACAACCCGAGAGACUAUUCCACAGAGCUCAGCGUCACCAUUGCGGUGGGAGCCUCGCUGCUGUUCCUGAAUGUCCUGGCUUUCGCAGCCCUCUAUUACCGCAAGGACAAGCGGCGGCAGGACUCCGGCCAUGGACAGCCCAGCCCGCAGCGCCAGACCACCUCCAACGACAUUGGUCACCACGCACCCGAGGAGGAGAUCAUGUCCUUGCAGAUGAACCAGACGCACCACGAGUGCGAGGCGGGGAACAGCAACGAAGGGGCGCUGCGCCUGGCCUCGUUGCCCGACUACACGCUCACACUGCGCCGCUCCCCAGAUGACAUCCCCCUCAUGACGCCCAACACCAUCACCAUGAUUCCCAACUCCCUGGUGGGCAUGCCCAACCUCCACCCAUACAACACCUUCACAACUGGCUUCAACUCCACCGGCCUGCCGCACUCCCACUCUACCACCCGCGUAUAGCUUUAAGGAGGCCAGGGUGCGGGGGGUGGCCAGCGCAGGCGGGAGAGAAGGAAGUGGUGGUGGGUUGGCGGAGGAGGAGCAGGAGGAUGAAUGAAUUGAGGAGAGGAUUGUGUUUUAUAAAUAUCACAGGCAGGGGAAGGGCUGCGUGGGGGCAGGGGUGUGGAAGGGCAGGAGUGGGAUUAAAACGUGCAGAGAUUUAACUAGACUUUUACUAUGACGAGAGCAGCCGAGAGCUCUCUGUGGAUGUCAAGUUGUGCAGAGCUGCCAAAAUCAAACUGCUUUCCUUCUCCAGAAAGAGGAGGAGGUGGUCUUUCUGCAGUGUUUUUUUUUUCUAAAAUUAAUCAUUUUAAAAGCCUUUUUAAGCAGACUGAGGAGAUAUCAACACUUUUUUUUCUUGAAUUCAGAAGAACAAAAAAAAAAAAAUCAAAGAGAAGUGCUUUUUAUUUCCCCAUCCCUUCCUCCUGCGGGAGACAUCUAGAAUGACGGCCUCCGCGUCAAUAUUUGCGAAUAUUUUUAAUUGCUUCUUUGUUUUCUUUUUACGUUUCAAUGCCUUACUGAGCUCUUUUCUUUUCUGUCAUUAUUUCUCCUCCCUGAGACAAUUCAGCGCGGAGUGUGUUACAAAGUAAGAUAAGACUCAGAGAUGAGAGACUGAAUCCAGGAUGGGAAUCUAGAGGAUAUGCAGAUGUAGAGAUUUUAAAACCCAUUUUGGGCAACUCUUUUUCUUUUUUUUUCUGUUGUUGUGGUUAUUUUUUGUUUACUUCUCUGGUGCAUACCAACGCAACAGCCACACAGACAGUGUUAUCCUUUUUUAAACUAGAAAUGAUUUGUGUGAGACUGUUCUUGCCAAGACAUGAGAAGGUGGAGAUGAAUACUACGUUACUGUGAUUGUUUUAAAGAAAAAAAAAAGUGCAUCUUUUACAGCCAAUUUUAUCUGUUGAGCUAUCUAAUUUUAUGGUCACAAGGUGUGCACGUGCAAAUGCUGCUGUGUGGUGUGUUUGAAGUGCAUGUGAAAAUGAUUUUAUAUUUGCAGUGUGUAAGAGUGAUCAUGAGGUUGUGAUAAAGAAAGAGAAAUGAUGUUGUAACUUGCCAAUGCAAGCGUUCUUAGGGUGUGUGUGUUUGUAUACAUGCGUGUAUGUGUGUGAGAGAGAGAAAGACAGAGUGUGUGUUCGUGCACCAGUUUUAUUUUACUGUUCUGUUUGUUUUGCAUCUUACUGUAGGUGUGGGGAGGGAGCAGGGGUUCUGGGAAGUGUAGGAAAUGAGUACUUUCUCAUGUUGCUGAUUUUGGCUCAACACCAGUAGAGUUUUUCUGCUGCAUCUCUGGGUGUCUGUCUUCGCAACAUAGCACUUUUGUUGUUUUAAAAGUUCUAUGUGUCUAAUUUUUGCUUAAUGAAUACAAAAUAAAUAUAUUAUUUUAUGUCUAAGAGAGAAAAAAAAUAGCUAAAGAAUCAACUGAACUAACAGACAUGAUUCCAUCGACUUUGUAAGAGUUCCUCUUCAACAGCAGACAGAGGCCUGUUUGCACUGACUAAACCUACAUCAGUGCACACUUGUAUUUCUUUGAAUAUAUAUAUAUAAAUAUGGGCAUACAUACAUAUAUGUAUAGGGCUUCUAUGGAGAUAUCGUCCCCGUUUACGAAACUAUUAAAAUACAAUUCAGGCUGAAACGGCCCAGCGUAAAGAACUCCCGUGUAAAGUUGUUGCCAUUUGAAACAUACCAAGCCCAAAAACAUUCAAGGUGUCUUUGUAAGAGCUCUAUAUGUAUAUUUAUGUAUAAAAUAUUUAAUAUUUAUUUAUGUAUACCAGAUGCAUACAUGCUGAUUGUGCCAUGUGCCAAAUUAAACUGUAAAAAAUUAAGAAUAUAAAGUUUCACUAAACUUUUUCCUUUCUUGAUCAUACUUCCUUUCUUUUUGUGACUUAUUUCCAUUUCUAAUGAGUUAAGGAGCUAUCCUUGUGGCAACUGCAAGGCUCCCCCCCGAAAGGACUUCCUUUUUGCCUUCCUUCUUCCUCUCUGCUGCUCCUUCUCCCUCUUUCUCUUGCUGAAACCUUGGCAACUAAAAACACAGACUAACAGCUUGGGGCCUGUCUGUGUGCAUGACUCCAGAUUUUACUGUAAUUCAUGCAAAGUAGUGCUGCAGCAGUGGGAGAUUGUAAAAAGAUUGCCUUGAUGCACUCACACGGCAUCCUAUUAUAUGUUAAUCUCGUGGAGAAAACUGGAUUUAUUGAUUCUGCGAACAAAACUGACAAUUUUCAUUUGGUGUCUCCGUGCAACCCCAAUUCUCUACGAAGUGUGGUAAUGCUAUAUCAACUUUGGAGUUUUGGUACCAUAGAACUCAACAUAUUUCUGAAGUAGGCCAUUACGGCUCCCCUUGGUAUUUAAUGAUUGGUAACGCAGCAGAGCGAGAAGUGCAGUCUGGUCAGCUCAUCAGUGAUGUUGCCGGUAGCAGAGAGGAAGAAAGAAAGGGAGGGUCUAUUUGAGGAAAAUCAUUUGGAUAUUGAUAUGACCCAUUGUAGUUUUGCUCAUUUUGCCUUAUAAGAAGUUCACUUCCUGAUUUGCGCCAUCGUACAAAAUGAGAAAACCUACGUUUAUGUACAGGAUCAUUUACGAAAAUCUCCAUGAAGUAUACAAGCAAUCUAAUUACAACAAUCCUGCCAUAGAUUGAAACCCAAACAGUUGAAAUAAAAUAAAGACUUUUCAAUACCUCA